AUGCCCUUCUACCCCUAUAUUUUUGCGACGUACUUGAUCUUUGGCUCCUACGGCUUCGCGGAACUGACCGGCCAUGUAUCAACGAAUACUAAACCGGUGGUCUGGAUUGGGUAUGUGAUCUCAAUCGUGGUACUCAUCUUAUUGUGCUCCCAGAUUUGUCAUGAGUGCAAGAAGAUCAACAAGGAGGGCCAGGAAGUUACUGUGCGCUAUCUGUUCACUGGAUUGAAAGCUUUCAAGGUCAGGCUGGACUUGGAGGGGAUUAAGAAGGGCCUCUACGAUAUGGAUGAGAGGCCUGACGAAAGACUCAUGAUGGGUAUCGGUAUGGGCCUUCUUUGCUCAGAAUUUAGGGAAUUAUAUUACGUCCUGUGGCUCCCACAACCUUGGAAUGGUGACCUGAUGGGCAGGAGUUGUCUGCCUGAACUACAACCAAAAUGUAUUUAG